UUUGGAGUGUCGGUUGAGUUGGCGAAACGCAGUGAUGGAGGUGGAGCGGUCAACGAUCCCUGGGCUGAGCUUUCCGACGGACCUCCUCUUCAACCUAGAUGCCGUGCGCAAGCAAUGCACGGCCGACCUCGCCACGCACAACGCAUGCUUGACCAUGUUGAAGGGCCGCUUGCAGCUCGAACAAUACUACGCGGCGGAGCUCAGUCGGCUCGCCGACCAGUUUAGAAUCGAAGACGACAUCGAGUGCAGUGACAGGAACGACGGCGGCGCCUCAAAGAGCGAGGACGCACGUGGCGAAGACGACCGACCCGGACGAUCGAGCAGUCUCAAGGAAGCCCUGCGCGGCCUCAAGGCGCAGUACACCAACACCAGUGUACAGCACAAAGCCCUAGCAACCAACCUCGAAGAAGACGUGUAUCGCCCGAUGCAUACUUUAUACAAGUACUUGGCCAAGAAGGAGUCCAAACUGACAGUGUGCACGACCCGCGUCCGCAAACAAACCAAGGCGUUCGAAGACCUCUAUAGACGGCAGCACUCCAAGUUUGAGAAACAGUUCAAAGACGCCACGACGACGUAUGCCCAAGCGAUGGAAAUUGGCAUUGCCGGGGAAAUCAUACAUAACCAGUACCUGGCCUCUCCUGUGCAUCAUCGCCAACAGCAGCAACAACAACAACAACAGCAACAGGCUCGUCCCCCCGCAGAAUACCUGCAGCCUGUACCAAAUGACCACAGCCCCCAACACUCGCCCGACACCGUCAAAGUUACUUCCCCCGCGAAGUCACCCCAUUCCUCACACAUCACCGCGUCGGAGGGCGGCCGUCCCCGAAGCAACUCCAUGUCCCGAGCGUCGCUGGACGGGACCAAGCUGGUCAAUUGGCUCCUUCCAAGCGGCCAGCAAAAGAAGGAAAACUUGCUCUUGACCUCAGUGAAAGCUAUUGAGAAUGCCGAGGUGGCGCGCCACGAGUGCCGCGCCGCGUGGAACGGGUUCGAAGAUGCACGCGUGGCGUUGUUUCGAUCGAUUCAAUCCAUCUUGAACGACUACCAACACUUGGCGGAAUACAGCAUCUCGAAUCUCACGUCGAGCCUUCGCAAGCACGUUAUCUUUGAAUCGUCGGCGCUAGCCAACUCGCAGUACGACUGGCAAAUGCUAGCAAGCGUCAUGGAGGCGGUCGACGCAGAAGGCGACAUCCGGGCGUUCAUCCUGGCCCACCAACGCAUGGUGCUGCCAACCAUGACCGUGAACGACCUCUGCCGCGCUGACACGCUUCCAUUGCCGCCGCCAGCGACGUCCUUGGCGAUGACCGACAUCAAGGCGCGAAAGUGCCCCGUCGACGCGGUCGGGAAUGGCCACACUGUGUACGGCUGGCUCGCGACUCGCUCCGACAUGGUGCAGGAUAACUUGAGUGAAGCGCCGGUUGUAAUGUCCACGAUCAUGGCCAAGGCACUCAUGGCAGCAUUCCAGAUUGAACAGCCCCGAGCCGCUGCUGCUUCUGCCGACGACAUCAAGCACCCCGAAGUGCCAGGAAUCGAUACAUGCCCAUUCCAUCCGAAGCACCUGGAUGCACCCGUUCCACCAGCAGAUCGACCUGAAUCAAUUGAACUCGACAACGAAUGCUGCGUGGACCAGUGCUAGCCAAGUUAACAGUGUCGGAUGCAUGUAUUUCAAUGCAUCUUGCUUGCCCAACAAGCCCAGCAUGUUGGACG